UCUAAUGUGUUACUUCCUAAUUCACCCAUUGUUCGAGUCUCGUCUCUUUUCUCACUCGCUGUAAUGGAGUUGUUCAUCUUCAUUGCUUUUCAGCUUCUUAUGGAGGUUCAGUCUUGCAAAUCUCCUGUUGUAAAAGUAUCUCCAGAUGUCAUAAGAGAGUCCAGCUCAGUGAAGAUGAUCUGUGAGGCGCCAGCAGAUGUUACAGUGAAACAGUGUUAUUUCUACAUAAACAGAGAAAAAGAGAAUAUAAAAGUCAGUCCAUCUUGUGAGCUCAAUCUCACUGCUGCUGAAGUGCUCAUAUGGGCAGCUGUAAAAUCACCUGUAUCAGUCGACAUUAACUGCUACUACAUAACACAUGAACACGGGAUUGAUAAAUCAUCAUCUCAUUGUCCUGCUGCCACAGUGACGGUUCUAGGUUCACUUCAGAAACCCAUAAUCAGUGUUAGUGACGAUAGAGUCCAGAUCAAAAUAGUCUGUGAAAUACCACUUUCAGUCAGAGCUAAUUUCACCUGUAGUCUCUACACUGAGGAUAAUCUUCUGCACAGAAAUGUCUCUCAGACUCAGAGGAGACAGUCUGGAGAUCAUUACUGUAUGUUUUAUUUAACACGUGGUGAACUUUUGAACAGACAGCUGAGCUGUGAUUAUUCACUCAACAACACUGAACCUGAGAUCAGAUCACCACGCAGUGAUCUUCCUCAGGCCAAAUUAACAGCAUCUGCUUCAGUUAUUAAGGAAACAGACACAGUUCAGCUGAGCUGUGAGAGUACUGAAGAUCUGAAGAUGGAGAUGUGUUACUUUAACAUAAAUGGAAGAGAAAGUAACUCAAAACAGAACUCAUCAUGUCAACUCUUUCUCACUGGAUCUGAAAUCAGUAUUUGGUCAGAAGGUCAGAGUUCAUCUGUGAGAAUAACCUGCUUCUACACUGUGAAGAAGUCACAAGUUCAAAAACCAUCUCCUCACUCUGAUCCAGUGACGGUGACAGUCCAAACACCAGAUGCACAUCAUGUUACGACAGCCAAGAAAACCUCUUUACCUUUAUUGUCCACUUCUGAAACAUACAGUUCAGCUGUAGUAGACAGCCAUUCCAAGUCAAACCUGUCAACCACAUCAGAGGAAACCACAUUUUCAAUACCAGCUACCAAUGCACAUGUGACACCAGCCAUGACAACCUACUCACUUUCCAAGUCAAACCUGCCAACCAGCACAACGAAGGAAACCACAUUUUCAACAACGUCCACACAAAAAACUUCACAAAGGGACACAAAAAUAUAUGUUCACACAACGAAUCAUACUGAAUGUUCAACCACACCACAGCAUCCACAAAACAAAGUCACAUGGUUUAUAGUUCUGGUUUCCACUGGUGCUGGUGUCAUUUUGACUGGACUCUGUCUGUGCUGCUUUGCAUAUAAAAAAAGAAGACGAAAAAACAAUAAAAUGAGAUCAAUAACAUCAGACGUGCCCAGUCAAGGAACUGGUAUGAGUUCUGGACCUGCAGAGACAUAUUCUCUGAUCACUUCAGUACCAGCCACAGCUCAGCUCAAAUCUGUGGGCCUCGGACACACAGAUUCCUAUCAGGACAACACACCAGAUCCCACAGUGACUUCCUCUUUCAUUAUGUCUGAAAAUUCAAUUUACCAGCCCUCAGAUAUUUUGGUCAAUAAACAACAGAAAGAGGGAAGUACAAAGGAAAAUGAGAAUGUUUACCACCUGUACUGCACGAUCCCUGACAAACCAGUUCACUCAAAUGCAGCAGAUCAAGUCUACAGUUUGGUGAAGAUGCACUGAUGAGUCUCUGUUGUUUCAUUAUGUACAGUAUAUCCAUUAUAAAGUUUCUUUACUUGCAGAAAAAUAGGUAUUUACUUUCAUUAUUCAGUGCUUGGUGUGGAACCACUUAAUAUUGGAUUUAAAAUAUCACAUUUAAUAUUAAUACUAUUUAUUUUUAACCAUCCCUGGCUUUGUCUGAAAUUAUCUGUUUUAAUAGAAAAUGUAUGGCUUGUCAGUAAUCUGCCACCAUUAUGUUUGGCUAACGUCGUUCCAUGGAGAGAGAGAAAAAAAAAGCAGGAUAUCAAUGGUCCCUUUGCUUUUGCUUUGAAAAUAUAUCCAUAUAUCCAUGUAAUAUACAGAUUAAAUUGUUUACUUGCGGUUUGGGAUGUGGCUUCUGUCAGAACCAAUCCAGCAUCAUCAAUCUCUUUUUACAGUCUGUGGAUCCAAUACAUAAUGCUUCAUCUUUCAACAAAAGUUUCUUUGCAAACUCUCCAUUAUACUGUUCCUUCAUUUACAAAAGUAAAAUGAUCUGAGCAAACAUAAUUCUCAGACGCGAUCCGGGAUGCCAUUAAAAACAAACCAUCCACUUGUUCCUGUGGAAGGUGUCCUUCUGAAGUCUGUACAGAAAUGCUGUUUAACGAACAUACAUUUGUCCUGUUGUCUGUACCUCUUAAACUGAUCUGGUAUCUGUAUUCCGUAUAUUGUAUCCAGUGUAGACAGCGUCCCAUCAGUUAUUAUAAAUGACUUCUGUUUGCUUUUAACAAGAUGUGAUGCUUGUGUCUGGUGAAGAGUGGGCGGGGCCUGUGGUCUGAUGAUGAGUCAUAUUUGCCGGUGUGAUGCCAGAUCCCACAAUAUCCAAAUGAACCACUUUUGGAACUUUGUUAAAUAAAUGGUUUGUUUAUACUGAGGACGUUUUAAGCUAUGAAACUUGCAGGAUGUUUUCAUGAUACAAAGACUAAUUAUAUGUCAAAAGAUCAAGGAAAUUUUGAUUUCUCAUGUCAUCAUGACCCCUUUAACUGUAAAAUACUGUCCAAUUUAUGGGUUUUGGAAGUAAAAACAAGGAAAUGUCAUAUGUAUCAUGAAUUAUACAUAUUUAUGGUAAAAAACAGUAAAAGGACAUUCCCUGAAAUCCCUGCAUGACAUCACUGCCGAUUAUAUUUUAUGUAAAUAGAUUUGCUUUUUAUUAUGUUUGCUAUGAAUAAUGUACAUUAAGAUGUUUUGUGUUACAUUUUAAGAUAUUUAAUUAAUGUUCACUGCAUUGUUUUAGUGUCUUUGUGUGUACGGCCUUGUGCACCAUUUAUCUGUAUUAUCAUAGUGGUUAUCAGUACAUUUAUCAUUACAAAAUAAAAGCUUAUUUUGUAA